UUCAAACAUAUAUAUAUUAGCUACAUUAAUAAUAUCCAGAAUCAAUCAUCAUAAUAAUUAAUAUCCAAAAUCUUUUCUCUCGAUCAAUCAGGCCGGUAGCAUAAAAUGGCAGAAUCAGAGGAAAUCCAGCCACUUGUCUGCGAUAAUGGAACUGGGAUGGUUAAGGCUGGUUUUGCUGGAGAUGAUGCUCCAAGGGCUGUGUUCCCAAGUAUUGUAGGUCGACCUCGUCACACUGGUGUGAUGGUUGGAAUGGGUCAAAAAGAUGCUUAUGUUGGAGAUGAGGCUCAGUCCAAGAGAGGUAUCUUAACUCUGAAAUACCCAAUUGAGCAUGGUAUUGUCAACAAUUGGGAUGACAUGGAAAAAAUAUGGCAUCACACCUUCUACAAUGAGCUACGUGUUUCCCCAGAAGAGCACCCCGUUCUCCUAACUGAAGCACCUUUAAAUCCAAAGGCCAAUCGUGAAAAGAUGACUCAGAUUAUGUUUGAGACGUUCAAUGCCCCUGCUAUGUAUGUAGCUAUCCAAGCCGUUCUUUCCCUGUAUGCCAGUGGCCGUACUACUGGUAUUGUUCUUGAUUCAGGAGAUGGUGUGAGUCACACUGUUCCCAUAUAUGAGGGUUAUGCCCUUCCACAUGCUAUCCUUAGAUUGGACUUGGCUGGACGUGAUCUCACUGACAGUUUAAUGAAGAUCCUUACAGAGCGUGGUUAUUCUUUCACCACUACAGCAGAACGAGAAAUUGUAAGAGACAUGAAGGAGAAGCUUGCUUACAUUGCUCUCGACUACGAGCAAGAGCUUGAGACUGCCAACACUAGCUCUUCUGUCGAAAAGAGCUAUGAGCUUCCUGAUGGGCAAGUCAUCACCGUUGGUGCUGAGCGUUUCCGUUGUCCAGAGGUCUUAUUCCAACCAUCAUUAAUUGGAAUGGAAGCUGCUGGUAUUCAUGAGACCACAUAUAACUCCAUCAUGAAAUGUGACGUGGAUAUUAGGAAAGACCUCUAUGGAAACAUUGUGCUUAGUGGUGGUACAACUAUGUUCCCUGGCAUUGCUGAUAGGAUGAGCAAGGAAAUUACAGCAUUAGCCCCAAGCAGCAUGAAGAUCAAGGUUGUUGCACCACCCGAAAGGAAGUACAGUGUCUGGAUUGGAGGGUCCAUAUUAGCAUCACUAAGCACAUUCCAGCAGAUGUGGAUUGCAAAGGCAGAAUAUGACGAAUCUGGUCCUUCAAUUGUGCACAGGAAGUGUUUCUAGGUCCAUUUGAAGACAUGAAGUAGAACUUUCAACAUUUAAUCUUCACAUGUUACGUGUUAUGAUGUCAAAUACAUUGUUUUGUCAUGUUAGGGGGUUGAAAUCGAGCGAGACAAUUGUUGUAACUUUGGCAAUUUUUUCAUUCCAAUCUCAGUUUAGAAGCAACAUAUCAAGUAUUUUGAUUUUUCAAUGAUUGAGAUUGUGAUGAUUUUAGUGGCACGUAAUCCAUCAAUGUUCAUGUAAUUUGGUUGCUUUCAGCUUA